UCUUUUUUUCUUCCUUCCGAAACCGCGUUUCAAACAGCGUCUUUCCGAAAUCGGGAUUCAAAGUCGCCUAAAUACGAGUUAUGGAAAGAAGACCAAGACCGACCAUACUUUUACGUUCUGUUUCAAGUCCCAGCAUUUUUUUCUUCUCCUCUUCCAUUUCUUCUUCAUUUUUUCUUAACUUCUUUCUUUAAAAAGUAACCUGGGUUCUUCGAAAGAUACAUUUCUUCAUCAGAAACCGCUCGUAUUUGUCACUGAUUUACCCACUGUUUUUGAAUUUUUCUGGGGUAUCUUCUUUCCCUGUUUCUCGGUUCCAAUUGAAGUUUCUCGAGCUUCAAUUCGAGUUUUUCUUUCUGGCUUUUCAUAUAGGAGGAGCUCUGUAAACGAAGAAGAAGAGAGCAUGGUGUUUUUCAAGAUUUUCUUCAUCCUGGUUAUCGUUUGUUUCAGUGCCGCUGUCGCCGUUUCUAGCCAACAUGGACUUAAGUCCAAUGGUUCUUCUAUUCUUGCGGGUAUUGAACUCCCCCAUCACCUAAGCUUUAAUUCAGUCACUGCUUCGGAAAAUACAGGGUGCCGUCUCACAAAGACGAAAACUUCUUCGCAAAAACCAACAGAAGCAACCAUUCUAGAGGAAGAAGAUGGUGAUGACGACGGAGAUAAGAUAGUAGGAGCUCCAUCCAGUAAACCAACGGUAAAGCUCCACGUCAAGCACAGAUCGAUGACUCAUGGAGAUGAAGCUGGGAAAAAGGAGUCAGUACGUCAAUCCACCCACAGAGACUUGACCAGAAUCCAGACCCUUUACAGAAGGAUUACAGAGAGGAUGAACCAGAACACGGUUUCAAGGUUAACAGAGAAGAAGCCGGCAGGGCUGAAGCCUGUGGUUGCACCGGCAGCGGCACCGGAAUCUGACACAAGUGGGUCAGCCGGAAGACUUGUGGCAACUCUGGAAUCCGGUGUCAGCCUCGGGUCAGGCGAGUACUUCAUGGACGUUUUUGUGGGUACUCCUCCCAAGCAUUUCUCUCUGAUUCUUGAUACUGGUAGCGAUCUCAACUGGAUGCAAUGUCUUCCCUGCCAUGACUGCUUCGAGCAGAAUGGCCCCCCAUACAAUCCGCAGGAAUCGUCGUCCUUCCGGAAUGUCACCUGCCGUGAUCCUCGCUGUCAGCUGGUCUCCUCCCCUGAUCCCCCACAACCUUGCAAGGCCGAUAACCAAUCAUGCCCCUACUUCUACUGGUACGGUGAUCGGUCGAACACGACCGGAGAUUUUGCCCUGGAGACCUUCACAGUGAACCUGACAUCACCAAUCGGAAAAUCAGAAUUCCGGAAAGUUGAGAAUGUCAUGUUCGGAUGUGGGCACUGGAACAGAGGCCUCUUCCAUGGGGCUGCCGGAUUGCUGGGACUGGGGAGGGGCCCCCUUUCCUUCUCUUCUCAGCUCCAAUCUCUCUAUGGGCACACUUUCUCUUACUGUCUUGUGGAUAGGAAUAGUAACAUCAGUGUAAGCAGCAAGCUGAUCUUUGGGGAAGACAAGAGUCUCCUGAGCCAUCCCCGGUUGAAUUUCACUUCUCUGGUGGCCGGAAAAGAAAACCCAGUUGAUACAUUCUACUAUGUUCAGAUAAAAUCAAUCAUGGUUGGAGGAGAGGUGCUGAACAUUCCACAAGAAACUUGGCAAUUGACAGCAGAGGGCGCUGGGGGAACUAUCAUUGAUUCUGGUACAACUCUUAGUUAUUUUGCAGACCCUGCAUAUCAGAUAAUUAAAGAGGCUUUCGUCAAGAAGGUGAAGGGCUAUCCUGUAGUAAAAGACUUCCCUAUAUUGGAUCCUUGUUAUAAUGUGUCGGGGGUGGAGAAAGUAGAGUUGCCUGACUUUGCAAUUCUGUUUGAAGAUGGAGCAGUCUGGACUUUCCCUGCUGAAAACUACUUCAUCAGACUUGAUCCUGAAGAUGUUGUUUGUUUGGCGAUCUUGGGUACGCCUCGAUCUUCUCUUUCGAUAAUAGGGAACUAUCAGCAGCAGAACUUCCACAUCAUGUAUGACACAAAGAAGUCCAGACUGGGCUUUGCACCCAUGAGAUGUGCUGAUGUUUAGCAUCUCUUGAACAUGAGGCUGAUGAUGCAGGUGACUGCACAUUGCUGCCAUGGAUCAACUCCAGGAUGCAGUGCUGGAUUUUGGAGGAUAAUUGUAAAGAAAUUUCUCAUUUCAAUUUCUUUCUAAAAGCCUGAAAGGAGGUAGAACACAUGAAAUUAGAUUCAUUUUUUUUUUUUAUUGUGUUGUGCUUUACAAAUGAGGUCAUACUUGUUACAUAAAAUGAAAUUACACUUUUUUUCUGAGAAA